AUGGAGAAAGAGGGUGAAAAGCAAAAGCUGGGUGAAGGUCCCCAAAUCUCAAGAAUGGAACCUGUUACACAUGCUGCCUAUGGUGGUGGAAUGUACGGUACAGAAAAAGGGCAACAAGAGAAACAAACAAAGGCACCAGCUAGUGAGAGCCAGAGUGCUGAUGGCCCUGUUGAUAAAGACACUAUCAAGCCCAAUAACCGCUCUCCACCUUCAUCUGGGGAUCGAGAUAUAGAUAUCACUGGCCAGUCUUAUAUCCAGUGA